GCAGGGACAGUAUGCUCGAUUAGAACUCAUUAAGUUUCAGACUCUCGUUCCUUUGGUCCCUCAAGCAGUUAGGGUUUUAUUUCUUCUUCACUAUUUUUUUUAAGAGAGGGAAAAAUCCCAAGAAAAUUACAAAAGUCUCAGAAUAUUUUUGGUGAAAUUUCUGAUCCAAUUACUAAAUUUACUCAUUCUUUUCUCAAAUUAGUUUAAAUUUUCAGUUUUCUGGAUGAAGUCUGGUUGAAAUGGAAAAGAAAUCUAUGGGAGCAGAAUCAGAGUGUGGGGUAUAUGAGUUACCAGGAGAGCCAGCUGUUGUUAUCAAUGGGGUGCCUGAAGUAAACCCAAAUUGCAAUACCCUUGUCCUGUCUGAUGUCAACAAGGAAGACGGUGAGUCCCAGAAAGAUAAAGGGUGUGGUGAAUGGUUAGAAGGAAGGGAAGUUCAAAAACUGUUUGGAGAAAAAUAUUAUUAUGGGAGUGUGAUCCAGUUUGACAAGGAAACUGGGUGGUAUAGGGUGGAGUAUGAAGAUGGUGAUGCUGAGGAUCUUGACUGGCACGAGUUGGAAGAGGUGCUUCUGCCUGUAGACAUUACGAUUCCUCUGAAAACAGUGGCUUUGAAGCUGUUGAAGAAGAACCAGAAAGCUCCCAUUCAUAAUGCACCUGGGCAGUUAGUGCCUUCAGGGUCUGCAAUUCAGAAGGCUAAACAUGUGGGAAAGAAGGAAAAGACUUCUCAAGCACAUGGAGAAGCUUGAUUUAGACCUGGAAUACUUGGAGUGCACUAGAAGUGGAUAAGAAAUUGGAAUUGAAAUUCAAAAAGGUUUACUAGUGCUUGAAGCUGGUAAGUAAAUUUGAAUGCAAUAGUUUUAGUCUUAGUUUUAGUCAUUACUUGAAGUCAGUUCUUAUUAAGUACAUUGUUAUAUGAUCGUUGUAAGGAAAAUUUUUAUGCGAGUGACAAGUGGUACUAUAACAUGUUUUUAGGCUUGCUAUCUCAACUUUUUCCAUGGCAGUGUAGUUUGAAAAUUUGAACUCAAGGUUUCACAGCAGAGUUCGACUCCUGCAUUAGUAGAAUUUGCUUUGAUGGCUUCCUUGGAACAGUUUGCAAGUCCGUUAUCCAUUUCAUUCAUGCAUUAUACCUUUGAGAGAAAAUUCUGAUCGGC